UGCUGGAUCACAGCCUGAUUGCAGCAGCAGUGAAGGUUUUAUUCUUUAAAAAAAAAAAGAAAAAAAAAAAAGAAGGGAAAAAAAAGAGCUCCGUGUCUGAAACAAACUGCUGCUGUCACAUGGGUCCGAGGAGGAAAGACGAAGAAGACAAAAAUCGCUUCCUGAAAUGAUUCUCGAUCAUCACUGGCUGUGUUUUGUUUUUUGUUUUUCUGUUUAUCGCGUUUGAUACGUUUCUCCCCCUCUGCUCUUCGUUCGGUUACUGAUGAUCAGCAAAGUUAAAAACGCGAUGUCCACGCUGGUGGGAGGCAUGAUGCCGCACGGACACCACCACCACCACCACAACCAUCACCACGCAGGUGGUGGUGGUGGAGGUGGAGGCCAGAGCGGCGGACAGGACGGUUUGCCGCCGCGCUUCCCCUACGGCCGCCCGGAUUUCUUGGACCUCACCCCGGAGCUGCUGCAAUACUCCACCGAGCACGCGUCACGGCCGGUGCUCACGCCGAAGAGAGGCAGCAGGCUCCCGUGGAAGACGGGAUACGCAGAGGUGAUCAAUGCGGGGAAGAGCAUGCUGAAUGAGGAUCAGGCCUCGUGUGAGAAACUGUUUGUGAAGAAGCCCAGUGGCAAACACAGAAACUCCACUCUGCAGGAGGAUAAUGGGGAUGGCACAGGAAUUCCUCUCCACUUCUGGGGAGUCUUUGAUGGACACGCUGGUUCCGGGGCCGCCAUCAUGGCCUCCAAACUUCUUCACCACCUCAUCAGAGACCGUCUGGGAGAAAUCUGCCACCUGCUGGAGAAUCCCACCUCUGCGCCUCCGAUCUGCUUGGCCAAGAACGGCAGUCCGUACCAGGCAGACUCGAAGAAGGGAGCUUCACAGGAACCAGAGGACCCUGAUGCUAUCAGCGACUCCACGGUGCGCUUUCACAUGGAGAAGGUUGUCAGUCUGGAGAGUUUGGUGAUGGGAGUCAUCGAGACGGCCUUCAAACAGAUGGACGACCUGAUUGAGAAGGAAAAAACUUCAUACGCGAUCUCUGGCGGGUGCUGUGCCUUAGCUGCCAUUAAUUUAAUGGGAAAACUCUAUGUAGCCAAUGCUGGGGACAGCAGGGCCAUAAUCAUACGAAAUAACAAAGUUAUUGCUAUGACUAAUGAAUUCACACCUGAGUCAGAGAGGCAGCGGCUCCAGUAUCUGGGCUUCCUGAGGCCAGAGCUUCUGGGUAACGAGUUCACUCACAUUGAGUUCCCUCGUAGGAUCCAGCACAGUGAGCUGGGCAAGAAGAUGCUCUACAGAGACCACUCCAUGACCGGCUGGGCUUAUAAGACAAUCAUUGAAGAUGAUCUGAAAUUCCCUCUGAUUUAUGGAGAAGGAAAAAAGGCUCGUGUCAUGGCAACAAUCGGAGUGACCCGUGGGUUGGGGGAUCAUGACCUGAAGGUGUACAACUCCAAUAUCUACAUCAAGCCCUUUCUCUCCUGUGUCCCUGAAGUGCAGGUUUACAACAUGGAUGAAAACAAACACGGCCCAGACGACGUCCUGGUCAUGGGUACAGAUGGACUGUGGGACGUAACGACGGACAGUGAAGUGGCUGAUGCUGUGACAGCGUACUUAUCCUGUGCUGACCCCGCUGAUCCAAUGAGGUACACACUGGCAGCCCAGGACCUGCUGAUGAGGUCUCGAGGAGUGCUGAAGGAGCGCGGCUGGAGGCUACCCAACGAUAGACUGGGAUCAGGUGAUGACAUAACCGUAUUUGUCAUCCCGCUGGCCGGGCAAGAGUUAGAGACAUGAUGUAGCGUUGUCGCAGUGCUAAGACACAGCUGACUCUGUAGAGUCAUUUUAAAAAAUCUCCCUUAACCCUGGACCGACGAGGCAGUGGGGGAUCAAUACACUUUAGCUUCGUUGACUUCGCUUUCUCAUCCAACAAAUUUCAUUGUACCAUCGUUUGAACCUACAGUACAUACAAUGACUUAAACUAAAUUAAAGUGAACCGCUAUUAUUGUGAAGACCUGGAUCUGAGUAGCCCAAUCGUCAACAUCUUCUGGACCCUGAUCCUGCUGCUGCUGCUGCUGCUGCUGCAACCUAACCCAGGAUGGCGUCUCAUUUAUGUCUCAAUAACAAAGAUUUUGAGUGACGCUAUAAGGGAAGUCACUCAGUACGUUUACAUGACAUUAGGAGAAAAAAAAAACAAUUGUGUUAGUCCGACUAAACCCGCACUUUUAAUAUACAUGUUAGUCUGACUGAAAUUAUACUAGAUAGAAUGUCUCAUAGUGGGACUAACACACCCAGAUAAGUUAAUUCGGACCCAAACUGGCCUAGGUGUUCAGUGCAUGUGCCUCACUUCCCGCCUCAGGGUUUGACCCCCAAGUGAAAACAGAACCUGCUACACAGAAGACGAUGUGAAGUGAAUGAGUGGACAUACAAUACUGUACAUGAAAUACAUGUAGGUCAACAGGAAAAGGCCUAAUGGUGACAUCUGAAAGGGGACACAUCCCCACCUAGUGGAGCAGAGAUGCACAGUCAAUAAUUCCUUCCCCAGUGUUUGUGCCAGUGCCAAGGACAGUAGUCCAAUUAAAUUUCAUAGUCAAGUAGCUCAAACUUAAUUGUGCAUGGAAACAUACUGAGUGUCUCUUUCUCCCAGACCUGCUGUUUGCAACAAAUGCCAGUGAGAAUUGAACCAACUCGUAUUGUUCUUUUGUUUUCGGCUCUAUGUUCAAAGAUGGCAGACUGUGACUCAAAAAAAUCGGAACAGAGUGUUCCUUUUGUAGGUCAUGGCGUGAAUGUGACAAUGUCAACAACAAACACAGAAUCAGACACAUGCAGUAGGAAAUGUGAGGAAACCAAAGAGAUGGAUGCUGCUGCAGCAUGGGGAUGGAAAUCUGU